UGCAGGUGAACUUAAUGUUUCGCUUUUGUAUUUUUUAAUAUUAUUUAUUUACUAUGUUUACGACUAUACAGACUACAGUGAUUUGAAAUGUGAACAUCUAAGUAAAAAUGCAGUACAAUAAUGUUUUAUUUAAUUUAGUAAAUUAUUUUUUAUACCUGAAAGAGUACUUAUAUUAAUAUCCAAUUUAUUUAAGUUAUACGAUCGAAAAUGGAAGAAGAAUUGAGAUGUUUUAUAUGUAAAGAAUUCUAUAGAGAACCUGUUCUUCUCCCUUGUGGCCAUGCUUUGUGUCGUAUUUGUGCUGUCGGCUUACAAACUCAUGUCCAUGAAACAGACAAUACAUCGACUGUGACGACUGAUUAUCAGGAAGCUGAUAAAGCAUCUGUUUCGAGUGAAACCGAUAGUGGUGUUGUUUGUGGAUCAAGACCCAAUAGUUACGCAGGUGCUACCGCUGCCACUGCGUACUCUUCAGCGGCAUUUAGCAUUACCUGUCCACUUUGUAAUAAGCAAGUAUACUUAGAUGAUAAUGGAGCAGAAGGCCUUCCACCGUUUCGUGUUAUGCGAACCAUUGUAGAACGUUUUGGCGGAAUCAGUGUGACACCUCCUGCAGAAGAAGCAUGUCAAAUGUGUGAAGGAGAAAGAAGGGCAGCUAUAGUGCGUUGUGAGCAGUGUUCCGUUCGGUAUUGUGCAAGCUGCAGAGACGCCUGGCAUCCCACGAGAGGGCCUCUUGCACAACAUGAGUUGAGAGCAUUAGGAACUACAUGUAACGACCAUGGCUCUACACCUAUCCUUUAUUGCAAUACCUGUUUGGUUCCAAUUUGCCAAAGUUGUGUUGCAGAGAGACAUUCAUCACAUGAGACACAGCAAUUAUCCAGUGCAGCUAGGGCACAUAAGACUGAAUUAUCACAAACACUACAUCAGCUGUCUGAAGAAGCUAAGGCUAUGACUGAAUACAUUCAACUAGUCAAAGGAUCAGGAGAUAAAAUUAAUGAGUCAUGCGAGGAACUGGAAGUGCAAAUAGAUCAAGCGUGCGCAGAAAUUACCCGAGCAAUAGAAAGAAGACGGGAUGAGCUAAUAAGAGCAGCCCGUAACACAAGAUCUCAAGCCGUCACCAACAUGCGCUCACUGACAUCACAAGCCGCGCAAAAACUGCGCGAAGCGACCGCGUUACUACAUUUCUCGAUAGAGGCCUUGAAGGAAUCAGAUCAUGCAGCAUUUCUUCAAGUGGGUAGGAUUCUGUCUGCGCGUGCGCAGGACACCACGUCGGGCCUGCGGUCGUCGUUGGACGCCCCGCCAGCUCCAUCCGCGCUCACACUGGACAUCGAGCCAGUACUACGCACUGUAAAGACGAUGAACUUCAUAGAAUGUAUACCGCCGGGCGCGCCGGAGAUGGCGGUGGAGGCGUGCGCGGCGCGCGGCUGCUCGUGCACGCUGGCGUGGCGCGCGCCGCACGCCCCGCGCGCCGUGCGCGGGUACGUGCUCGAGCUGGACGACGGGCUGGGGGGGCCCUUCCGGGAGGUAUACUGCGGUCGGGAGACGGUGUGCACAAUUGACGGUCUACAUUAUGCGUCGCUGUACAGUGCACGUGUGAAGGCGUUUAAUGGAGCAGGGGAGGGACCGUACAGCGAAGUUAUAGGCUUACAGACAUCACCUGUGGCGUGGUUCACCUGGGACGCCCGAUGUGCCAGUGCCGAGGGUGGCCUGGCCAUCGGCGCAGACGGACUCGUGGCGCGCGCCAGCGGCUGGCAGCCGCGAGUGGCGCUGGCCGACCAGCCGCUGGCUCGGGGACUGCACUACUGGCGCCUACGCAUCGACGAGUACGACGGCGACGCCGACCCCGCCUUCGGGAUCGCGCGAGCCGACGUCGCCCGGGACAAGAUGCUCGGCAGCGACGCGCUAGGCUGGGCCAUGUACAUCGACGGCGUGCGCUCGUGGUUCGUGCACGGCGGCGCGCACGGCGGGCGCGCGGCGGGCGGCAUCGCGCGCGGCUGCACGGUGGGCGUGCUGCUGGACCUGACGCGCGGCACGCUGCGCUUCGCCGUGGACGACGUGCCGCAGGGCGACGUGGCCUUCACGGGGCUGCGCGGCGCGCUGUACCCCGCCGUGUCGCUCAACCGCGGCGUGGCCGUCACGCUGCAGCCCGGCCUGCCGCCGCCGCCCGCGCUGCUGGCCGACGCGCUGGCCGACGACUAGCUGGCCGCCGCCUUGUAUCCGUGCAAACUGAGCGCACCCGUCUAUCGGCCGGUUCCAUGAUGCAUUGCUUCUUUCUUUCCUCUGUUUGUACUUAAGCAACGCACGUGUCGCCGUUGAGGAAAUCACCGAAACCUGCCCAGUAAUGAGCCCAUUAAUAUGGAUUCCUGUGCUCACCUGGACUCAAAUGUUCAUUAUUACAAAUAGUCCAAUUCACUGCCUUCCCACUGAGUGGGCUUUGGGACUGUGCUGAAAAAUGCCUGAAUCGAAAGACAAUAAAAACCCGAAAAUAUAAACCGACUUAAAACGUACACGUAAACUAAACUGGACUCGUUUGACUGACUUUUAUUUGUUUUAGUUUCCAUUUCCAUAUAUAAUUUUCUUCACAAAGUCAACACAGUGAAAUUCUCGUGAUUAUUCUAUUAAACCCGCCAUAUUGACUUUUUGGGAGGUCAGUGACCAAAUAGAGCGCAUAUUCUUGUAAAUAAUUCAUGUAGGUAAAACAAUAUUAGCAGUGAAACAGUCUUUUCUGACAGCAUCUAUUUAUAUUAUGUCAAAUAUAUAUAAUCGUAUGUAUUAUAUUUUGAUUGAACAUUCGUUACUUGCCACUCGCAUAUCAUUCGUCAUAUAACAUAUUGUAUAUUUAAAAAGUUAUUGUUAGUGAAAAUAUUUCGCCUACGAAGAGUAAUAUAAAGUAAUGAAUGUAUCAGCUCUGUUAUUAGUAGCCUGGACUCGUUUGACUGCCUCUUUGCUCUAGCGGCUAACUCAUAAGACUGCAUAACCCUAGGUCCUUGGUUUAAAACCAUGAUGAGCCAGUACAAUAAAUAAAACUAAUGAGUUUUUCCGUACAGAAAAUCUGAGUAAGUAAGUCUUUUAUAUUAGUAAAAACUGUUAGUCCUUUGCCUGUCUAUUCCUUCGAGUGAGAUUGUCGUCCCAUGUCGAUUAGGAGAGUGAAGGAACACAGUGUGUUCUCACACAGUUGCGCACUCUAAACUUGUGCCCUGUAAUAAAUAUUGUACGAAAGAGUGACGAAAAUUAAUCAGAAAGAUGUCGUCAUAAUAAUAAGUAUUAAAACAUUUGUGUUUUCUAGUGUAUCACUUUAACUUUUAACAUUGACAAAGUAUAUUUAAAGGAAAUUUCUGUUGAAAUAAUUGCUAACAAACAAUACAAUAAAUUGAUCAGAUUCAGCGUCAAGGCUAAUUAGUUAUUGUACUAAUAUUAUGUAUUUAAUAAAAUAAGUAAAUAUCACAGCUGCAUGUAACGAAAUAUAGUUAUAAUAUAAUACAUUUAUUCCGAUAAUAUUAACUAAGUAAAUUCAAUUUAUGACCUUUUUGAAGAAGGAGCGAAGUUGUAAUAAAUACGGAAAAACUGUAUUUAAUGGCCGUGUAUAAUCGAAAUGUAUCGAGCGAGAAACCGCGUGGUACAGCGUAUGUUAUGAUUCCGUUCGUAAAACAUGUAAAUAUCCGUCUUUGAUAUAAAAAUAGACAAUAUUAUAUUGAUAGUAUUUAGUUUACAUUGGCGUUGCAGUUAUUCGAAUACUAAAUGAAAAGUCGCAAAUAAAAAGAGAAUCGAAAGGUGUCCCACGACAGAACGAACGAAGUUGUUUUCACUAUGUAUUAAAUAUAAAAUAACACAAACAGACACGAUAAAAUUAAUGAACAACGUUUGAGAAUAUUUAAAUGAAGAUGUCAAAAUUGUUAUUAAAAAUCAAGUGUGAUUUAAAACAAUAACAAAAAAGAAAACCCAAUUUUUUUAAUAUUUAAAAACGGACAGCUCGCCUUGAGUGCGCAUAAUGAUUUUUUUCCCUUAGUAACGAUUUCUGACAUUUCACUCUACUGUGAACCGCGUAAAAAAUAUUCGUUCCAAAUAUUACCGAAUCUUAAAAUGGCCUAUUGUUUAUAUAUUCAUUUUUGCCUCGAUAAAAUUAAAUAUACAUAACUGACUGCUUUUAACUUUUUAUUAUAUAGUAUUUUGAAUGAUUUCCUGUCAGUCGUCCAGCCAUGCCAAUGUACUUAAUGUAAUAUAUUAUUCGAUGUUGUUAUACAUAAGAUAAUGGCUUGUCAAGUCUACAUGAAUGUAAUGUAUUUUAGAUAGUUUUAGCAACAAAUUGUAAUGUUAUCCAAGAAUUUAAAAUGACAAUGAAUUUAACAUUUCAUGACUUAAUUAAAUAUUGAUAAUAUAUAUUAGAGUAAUUCGUGUUAAUGGUUUAUUUAUAUAUAUUAUUAUUAUAUUAUUUAACUUAUAGAAAUAGGUGUGGACGCUUAAAAAUUCAAAAAUACUUUCAGAAUAAGUAUGGAUAAAUAAAACUACAACUACAAAGUAAAACACUAAACUUGGCAUCUACAAAUCCAUAGAUAUCUGAGAGCUACGUCAUAAUUACGUAUUAGUUCUGCUUUUUAAGUAAAAGGUACGUAAAUUGGCAUAUGAGCCACCUAAUGGUAAGUGGUCUACACCGCCCUUAGACAUUGGCGCUGUAAGAAACAUUAACCGUUCCGUACAUCCACACCAAUGCGCCUUGUGUCUGCAGUUAUACUGGCUCACUCAUCCAUCAAACCGGCACAUAAGAAUACUAUGUCUUACUGAUUUACGAUAUAAUAACUAAUGACCAGUCCAGGUUCGCACCAAGCCCUACCAACAAGUAAAAUUUUCUCGCCCAAAUACCAUUGCAUAAGACAAAUGCAGGUACAUGACCGACACUCAUUUAAAAAUAUUCACACAACAUUGAAAAAAUGUCCUAGGCAUACAAAAUGACAUUUCUACCUUGUCCGCAUUCCAUGGCAUAUCCAUUGAUAUCCGCGUACAAAGCCCUCCCACAGAACCUACUAUAUAUAUAUAUAUAUAUACACACACAUAGUUCUUCAUUCGUUGGUUAAAUUGCUAAGUCAUACCUUCAUUUUAAGGAGUUUGUAUUUUUAUUUAAUAGUUAAUUUUAAGCAAUUUUUCAUGUACUUUAGGAAUCAAUUUAAUGUUUGUAUACUUUGUGUUUUUAUUUAAUUAUAUAUAUAAAUACUGACAAUGUUUAAUAAACUUGAAAUUUCUUGUCACAAAUUUAGGGGACCUGACAACGCAACAUAAAUAUUCCAUUUCCCACCUCUUAACCUUAAAUUAUAUUUGGGCUAGUUUAAUUUUAAGUACCUAAGUCAUUUUUUUAUAAUUUCAAACUUAUAUAUUUUAUUUUCAGUAUUCAAAAAUAUAUAUAUAAUAUAUUUAAAUAUGUAUAAUAACUUUCUUUACGGAUUUUUAGUUUAUAUUGUUGCGUUUGCGUAUUUCGCGGUAGCAAUUAAUUUCGAAUAAAAAUCAUUAACGUGGGUAUUUUCGUAAAUUUACGUACUGUUGUAAUUAAAAUGACGUGAAUAUAAGAUUAAUUUUCUUUUAAUUAUAUUAAUAACAUGUCGUACAGCGCUGAAAAAUUCUAAUAGCUACUAAACUUUCAUGUUCAUAAAUAAACCUAUAAUUAUUAAUGAGGUUAUUAAGUAAAAUAUAUGUACAAGGAAUUGUGUGCAAAUUUCUAAAAAUUAUAAUUACGAACCGCAGCUUUAUUUUAUUUAACAAUGCUGUACGUUGACGCCAUUUGACUCAAAAUGUAAAGACUUGUAAUAAAGCCCAAAAAUAUUUAUAUUUAGAUUUGUUUUUAAUUUUGUAUUAUUAUAUUGCUUUUUAACUGAAAUUACUGAGUUCCACAAAAAAAUACUAACCUGUACUUAAUUAAAUCGCUUAUAUUAUAAGUGCGAAUAAAAUAGAUCACAGUCGCCGUUUUCCGGCAGUUUGACUUAAGUAUUUUGAUGAAUUUAUAUGAUUUUAUAAAUAUUAAUAA